UACAAGUUGCAACCCAAAAAUGAACAAUCAAUGUUUAUUUUAAAAUAAAAUAAUAAAUAGAUUUUAUGCUUCAUCUACUAGUUUUAAUAGUGCGGUUUGUGCAAGCAUACACAGUUCAUGGUGAAACUUUGAAGUGCACAGUGAACUUUCAUAUGAAAAUCAAGUGAAAUGGAUCCGUCAAAAAUUACAAGCAAAUCAAGCUCUCUGAAGGCUCUAAUUUUGAAAGCCUGGCGUGAAAGAUGGACGGAUAUACAAUGGGGCAUCAACAUCAAGACCAUUCUUCCCAGAGGCGUAAGUGGAGAUUUGUAUAACCUAGCCGAUUGUAUUCUCCAACAAGCUAUGGUGGGUUGUGGUGCUAACCAGUUGGUUAUUUCAUAUUUAAGACAUUCCUUGGCGUCACAUUUAGUGUCCUAUGCGGCAGUGCUGCAGAGAAUAGCAAAAUUCGAUGCUUUUCACAAGCCACACUGUAUUCUAAGCUUAUUGGAGUUCCUCGAAAGCUUUCUUGAUAGCAUAACAUGUCGCAGUAAGAUGGAAGAAGAAAUACUUGCCUUCGCCGUCUCAUCUAUCAUACUCUGGUUGCUCCAAGUAUACCAUUACUCGCUAAGUAAAUAUCCAUCUACAAAUCCUAUACAAAGUCAGGAGCUUCUAGAAAAAUCGACAUCUCUUCUCAACUCUAUAGUGCAUUCAGAUUUCCUUCUGGCCAUGUUCUAUUUAGCUAAGCAACAUGAUCCAGACGAGUAUAACGAGGUAACAAAGAAAUGUCAGGAGAUCACAGCUUUCAUGAUGAUGAAUACACAGUUCAAAGCCCCAGUUACUAUACAUGAUACUUUACAAAAGAUUUGUAAUAUGGAUAUUGAUAAAAUAGCACCAUUGAAUAAUAAACCCGAGACUGUUACUCAUUCUUUACAAGCGUUGAUCGCUGUGACAGUCCUGGAUAAUCCUAGUGCGGAUAUGCAGCAACUUACAAGUCAAUUGUUGAUUAUACAGAGAAUAAAAAGUUACCCAUUGUCCAGAUUGUACAGUGAGGUUAUUAGAGGCUGUUUCAUAUGUUUGAAUGAUGCCAGUAAAGAUGCAUCUAAACAGGCAUUAUGGGCAGCAUUCACAUUUCUAAAACUACCCCAACUUAUUAAUUACAUUCACAAUAUGUGUGGGACAGUAAAUAAAGAUGGUGAAUAUUCAGUGGAAGUUGUUGAAGGUUUUGAAAAGCUAUUGCAAUCAACUCCGUUACUUGAUGUUGUUGAUGCGAAGAACUCGUGUAACAGUGUUGUAUCUCUUUUGGAACCUUUAGUUAAGUUAAACAUUGUAUCUGAGACUCACUUGUCUUAUUUUAAGCAAAAACGAGAAACUAAGGAUGUUAAAUUGCAAAAGUUAGAGCCAACUGGCCUCCAGGGCUCUAUACCAUCAUUCAUAACCCGUGCAGAACCUACUUUAGCUGGUAUUCUCAAAACUAUGGGAGGCGAUUCCCAUAAAACUCAGGAAUCUCUGUAUGCAAUGCUCUGUCAAAUUGUUGGUGGAACAACAUUAGAUACAAUUUUAGCUGUAGCCACAGUGGAAGGAAAGUUGAAGUUGUUUGUAUCAAGAUUAAUAAAGUUCAAUGAAUAUGCUCUAAUAGCUGCAAGUGAAAAGGGUGCUUCUCAAUCUAAGGUUUACAUUUUUGACAUUUCAUUUUUAAUUCUUUGCUCCAUUGUACAAGACUACGGAGCUGAAGCUGUGCUUGAUGAAAAUGGUGACUCCUUUUUUGAACAGUGGGUUAGAGAAUGUAUGGCCCAUAAAGGUGCUCACAAGUCACCAGAUCAGAUAUUGCAAAAAUGUGACAUGCAACUGGUAGAUAUAUUCAUUCAUCAUCUAAGUGCACCAGAUUUUGAUUUUAAGAAUACUAAUUUGAAACCGCAUGAUUUGUGUGUAAAUGUUAGUGGAGUGGUAAAAGAGAUCUUAUUUGCUUGGGAGCAGGGUUCAAUUUCCGCUGCAGAUGUGAAGCGUAUGUUGGACUCUUUAAGGCAGAAGAUGGCUUCGUUAGCAGUUUGCGCUUCUGUUUGGCUUUGUUCCUACAUCAAUGUGGUUCACCAAGAUGCCUUUAUAAAGCCAUUGAAUAUGGUACAGCAGUUUUUGACCCCACCAACUGAUGUUGAAAUGGCACAAAUUGACAAUUUUAAGGAAAGAGCUGUGCUCAUGUGUCAGAUAAUCAGGAAGAUGCAGUUUGAUAUUCAACCACCAUCCAUACCAAAAUCGAAAAUAAUGCCUUUUUCUCAUAGUAUCAUAUCCAGGCAGCCAAUCCUAGAACAGUUACAAACUGUAUGGGAAGACAUUAAAACUAGAGGAUACUUGCACAUUGAUGCUACAGUUACAGUUCAGAGCCUUCUGGAAACUGCAGGUCCAGUGUGGUUUGUUACUAAUUUACUCAAGGAAACUCUCAAAUUCAGGUAUCAAGAUGAUUUGGAUAGAUCUGUAGACAUUGUCUUAGCAAUGUGCUAUUUUGAUAUAGAAAGGUGUACAGAAGCUCUUUUACUGCAUGUGCUCCCUCAGUAUCUGUAUAAUGCUAAAUUAUGUGAGGAGUUAGUAGAGCCACAGUCUGCUGUUUUGGCAAAACUUACAGUGUAUUGUAUUUAUGCAGCCCUUGAAAAUUGCAUAUCAAAUAGGGUUCAUACUUCCAGAAAACGUAGACAUGAUGACUCUGAAGAUAUAGAAAUGACUGCAUCAAGUAAAUUAAGGAGACUGAAUGACAAUUCGUCUGACUCAUCUUUGUAUUACUCUCAAAGUCAGAGCUCUAGUAUAAUUAUAAAGGAGCCCUUACAGUCAGCUUUAGAUAUGCUGUACAAAUCCUUUUCUCAAUUGGCAGGAAAAAAUGGCGAGGUCACACCACAGACUCAGUUUAUAUUUGAAUUUCUUGUGUAUAUUGUUCAGUGUGGGCAAGACAGAGCUCAAAUUGUAUUACAGAAAAUGCCCAGUGAAAUUGUGUCUACAUUGAUAAAGGCCCUACCUGACAAUUUUAAUAUAGGCCUUAUUUUGAGACUGUACGAUUUGUCUACUCCAUAUGGCAGGAAAGAUACAGCUAGAGAUCUUUGUUUGUUAAGAAAUAUGCGCCUUAGGCCCGAGUAAAUCUAUACUAAGAGGAGAGUUAGGAGAGGGGUAGUGUGUGGUGUUGUAGGGGGGUAAUCUCUGGAUCUACUGAACCAAUUUUAAAAAUUCUUUUACCACUAGAAACCCACAUUAUUUGUAAGUGUUACAGGUUAUAUUUUAUCCCCAUAUUCUCACGGAAACAGAACCUGCGGAAAACUGUAAGGCUUCGGCUACUGUAUAUUAAGUAGAAUCAUUAUGACAUAGUAAUUGAAUUGUCUAAAUCUAUAAUAAUUAAUUCUUUAAGGAUAAAUAAAAGUCUUUUUAAAUUAU